AUGGAAGUGUUGUGCAUGGAACUCCAAGGUCGCUUGUGUAAGGAAGUUGAAAAGAUUGAUGGGAAAGCCAAGUUCAAAGUGGACAAAUGGGAACGUCGUGCUGGUGGUGGCGGAAUUUCAUGUGUUCUAGAGAAUGGUGAUGUUUUUGAAAAGGCUGGUGUAAACAUCAGUGUGAUAAGUGGGAACCUUAGCGCUCAAGCUGUGAAAGAAAUGCGUGCAAGCAUUAGUCUCUCUCACGCGCGCAAUUUAAAUUACUUCGAAGUUGAUUUGGGUAACAAUCGUAAAUGUUGGUGGUAUGGCGGCGGAGCAGAUCUAACUCCAUACUACUUAUUUAAUGAAGAUGCUAAACACUUUCAUGAGCAGUUAAAAUUGGCUUGUGAUCAACAUAACGAAUCGUUUUAUCCACGUUUUAAAAAAUGGUGUGAUGAUUAUUUCUAUCUGACACAUCGAGGUGAGACACGUGGUGUUGGUGGAAUAUUUUUCGACGAUUUAGAUGGUACCUCACAAGAAAAAGUAUUCAGUUUUGUAAAAUUUAUUGAUUGUUCCUUACUUAUAUCUUCUUACCUUUUAUUUGCCAGUGAAUGGCAGUUGGUAAGACGUGGACGUUAUGUUGAAUUCAAUUUAAUCUAUGAUCGUGGCACUAAAUUUGGUCUAGCCACUCCAGAAGCUCGUAUUGAAAGUAUUUUAAUGUCUUUACCACGUUAUGCUCAAUGGAACUAUUGUUAUGACAAUUCACAGGAUCCACGUAAUCAAUCACUCAUUGAGGUGCUUAAAAAUCCUAAAGAAUGGGUUUAA